ACCUACAGCUCACCACCUUUGCCGGAAUUUUUUUCUCCGGCGACAUGGCAGACCAAUUCUCAAGCUGCGUCGAGUACGGCCUCGGCCUCUCCAAGCGGAUACUCUAUGGCAAGGAGUCAGCUCCGACUCCUUCGGCCAUGUCGAGGUCGUCUUCCCGUUCCAGGCCUGCUGCGCCGGAGCAAAGCUACUUGCCGGAGGCACCGAUGGUCUACGCGGCCGUGUCCGACCCGGAAAUCGUCGACAAUCCGGACAUUCCGAGCUACCAGCCGUAUGUCUACGGCCGCUGCGAGCCGCCGGCGUUGUUACCUCUGCAUAUGCACGGCGUGGCUUUGGAGAUUGAGAGCAAUCUGGACACGGCGUUUGUCACGGUGGCCGGAAAUUGGCGCGUGCAUUGUAUUUCCACCGGAAAAAGGUGCGACUGCCGCGUGGCAGUGCCGAUGGGGGAGAAGGGUUCACUUCUAGGUGUAGAGGUUGAGGUCACCGGAAGUUCGUACCGGAGUCAACUGAUCACCGCAGAAGGUACACGUGAUAGUCGGAAAGUAGCCAAAGAUGGGUACUUUGUGAAACGUCACAUAUACACCUUCAAAGUUCCACAGGUUGAAGGAGGCUCAUUCAUUUCUCUGAGAAUCAGAUGGUCACAGAAAUUGAUAUACCAUGAUGGAAAGUUCUGCCUCAGUGUGCCUUUUAAUUUUCCGGCAUAUGUUAAUCCCCUUGGGAAUAAUAUUACGAAAGGAGAGAAGAUUUUAUUGAGUGUGAAUAUGGGUGCUGAUGCAGAAGUUUUAUGCCAAAGUACAAGCCAUCCUCUUAAGGUUGUGAAGCGCCAAAGCGGUAAGUUGAGCUUCUCACAUGAAUCACAGGUAGCAGCAUGGUCCAGUGCAGACUUCAGCUUUUCAUAUACUGUUAAAACAAUGGAGGUAUACGGCGGUGUGUUCUUGCAAUCUCCAAGUCUUCGUGAUAUUGAUGACAGAGAAAUGUUCUGUUUCUAUUUGAUCCCCGGGAAUAACCAGACUAAAAAGGUUUUCAAAAAGGAAGUUAUAUUUAUCAUUGAUAUAAGUGGAAGUAUGGCUGGAGACCCUCUUGAGAAUACAAAGAGUGCAGUAUUGGCAUCGCUUUCCAAUCUCAACCAUGAAGAUACUUUCAACAUAAUAGCUUUCAAUGGAGAGGUUCACUUAUUCUCACCAUCAAUGGAGUUAGCAACAAAUGAAGCAUUGCUGAAAGCUACGAAUUGGGUUAGCGCUAACCUCAUUGCAGAUGGCGGUACAAAUAUCAUGCUUGCCCUAAGACAGGCUAUGAAGUUGUUGGCCAGAACUGCUGAUACAAUUCCUUUCAUUUUCCUCAUUACUGAUGGGGCUGUUGAAGAUGAAAAAGAGAUUUGUAAUAUGAUGAAAGGAUAUCUGACAAGUGAGGGCGCAACAUGUCCUCGAAUAUCUACUUUUGGCAUAGGUUUAUAUUGUAAUCAUUACUUCCUGCAAAUGCUAGCACAAAUCGGCAGGGGCUAUUAUGAUGCUGCUUAUAAUGAAGAGUCGAUUGACUAUAGAGUGCAAAGGCUAUUCACAAGGGCAUCAUCAGUUACUCUUGCCAAUAUAACCGUAGACGCUUUUGAACAUCUCGAUUCACUUGAGCUGUUCCCAGCUCAUAUGCUGGAUCUUUCAUCUGGGAGUCCAUUGAUAAUAUCUGGCAGAUAUGAGGGACGCUUUCCUCCAUCCAUCAAAGUUAGCGGUACCUUGGCUGAUACGAGCAACUUUACCAUAGACUUGAAAGUGCAAAGAUCUAAGGAUUUCCCACUUGAUCGGGUCCUUGCGAAAAGGCAUAUUGGUAUGCUUACAGCUCACGCAUGGUUGUUAGGAACUAAAGAGCUUGAAGAGAAGGUCUCUAAAAUGAGCAUUCAAGCCGGGAUCCCAUCUGAGUACACUAACAUGACACUGUUCCGGACUGAUAAAGGAAAGAAAGCUCUAGAAUUAACUCGGACACAAGAGAUCUACAAAAAAGUUAUUCAGCGGACCAAAUUCGAGUCAAAUAGCCAGAAGGACAUAAUCCUCGGAAGCCUUGGUCUUGGCUUUGGUGACUUGGCUGCUACAGUCGAGAAUAAAGCACCCGCAAGUGAAGAACCAAAGUCUUCUGAUGUUGCAGAAGUCUUGGUUAAGGCUGCAUCAGGCUGCUGUAGUAGAGUACUUGAUCGGAUCUGUUGCAUGUGUUUCAUUAGGACUUGUACCCAUGUAAAUAACCAGUGCGCAAUCUUUCUCACACAGCUUUGCACUGCCCUUUGCUGCUGCGAGUGCUUAAAUUGUUGCUUUGAACUAUUUUCUUGAUGUAAUAGUAAUAAUAAAUACGGUGAGUGAAUGGUGCAGGUAAAGUAAUCCUUAUGCUUUAUGUAUAGCACUGUAAUUGUAAUAUAUAUAAUCCUUAUGGUAUUGUUGAUUGAAA